CGUACGGGUAGUGUUCAGAUGCAGAGAGGAGCCAAAAUGGCAAAGGACUUCUAUCUGUACGAGAACAUCUCUAAGAUCAGCCCAUUCGAGGGGCCACAGUAUCACCUGGCCCCAGCAUGGGCUUUCUACCUACAGACCGCUUUCAUGGGCUUUGUGUUCUUUGCUGGAACACCCCUAAACUUUGUAAUUCUCCUGGUGACAGUGAAGUACAAGAAGCUGAGACAACCGUUGAACUACAUUCUGGUCAAUGUCUCGUUAGCAGGUUUCAUCUUUGUGACGUUCUCUGUGAGUCAGGUGUUCAUCGCUAGUACGAGAGGAUACUUCUUCAUGGGUCACACCUUGUGUGCAAUGGAAUCUUGCAUGGGUUCAAUAGCAGGGUUGGUGUCAGCUUGGUCCCUGGCUGUCCUUGCCUUUGAAAGAUACGUGGUCAUCUGCAAACCCUUCGGCACCUUCAAAUUUGACAACAACCAGGCUCUGGCGGCUGUUGCCUUCACCUGGGUCAUGGGGAUCGGAUGUGCCACCCCACCAUUCUUCGGCUGGAGCAGGUAUAUACCUGAGGGUCUGGGCUGCUCCUGUGGACCUGACUGGUACACAAACAACGAGGAGUUCCACUGUGCCAGCUACACCAACUUCCUCAUGGUGACCUGUUUCAUCUUGCCCAUGAUCAUCAUCUUCUUCUCCUACUCCCAGCUACUGGGAGCACUACGGGCUGUGGCAGCUGCGCAGGCUGAGUCAGUUUCCACCCAGAAGGCAGAGAAGGAAGUAUCCAGGAUGGUGAUUGUGAUGGUGUGCUCCUUCAUUCUGUGUUACGGCCCCUACGCCCUGGCAGCCUUGUACUUUGCCUAUUCAACAGAGGAGAACAAAGACUACCGCCUGGUCACCAUCCCUGCUUUCUUCUCUAAAAGCUCCUGUGUAUACAACCCUCUCAUUUAUGCCUUCAUGAACAAACAGUUCAACGCCUGCAUCAUGGAGACUGUGUUUGGAAAGCAGAUUGAGGAGACUUCAGUUUCAGCCUCCAAGACUGAGGUCUCCACAGCAUAAGCUGUGAUGCUGGUCUCAGGAGCCCAUCCCCAACAGCCAAGACCUGACUACCCCUUACCUCCACUGCUUCAUACCAGGAAGGUCCUACUCUCAGAGAACUUCUCCAAACUCCAUAGUAUUAUUCUUAUUAUAAUUAGUGUGCGAUUUGUAUAGGCUUUGCGGUGGUAUUGUUGGCCAUUUUAUUAGGACACCAUAAGAGCCAAAAAGAAGGGGGUUAUUUUCUCCUCUCUCUCUCUCUCUCUCUCUCUCUCUCUCUCUCUCUCUCUCUCUCUCUCUCU